CGCAUGCGUGUUUACAAUGCUGUUGUUUUUACCAGGACGGACUUCCAUGUGCCCCUCAGAGGAAGAAAACACAAGAAUGUGGAAAGUACUGGCGUGCGUGCUCCUGCUGCUCAACUUGGCAGCCGUCCUGGAUGGGAUAAUCCCUGCUAGUCAAACCGCUACUUCCUACUCGGGAAAACUUCUGGUGCUCCCGAUGGACGGGAGCCAUUGGAUCGGCAUUAAGGCCAUCGCUCAGGAAAUGGGUCGGCGGGGACACCGGGUCACUGUUGUGAUCCCGGAGAUCAGCAUGCGGAUGGGUCCAGGGGAGCACUAUGAUACGCUGACCUUUCCCGUACCGUACGACCAGGCGUAUAUUGACUCUCUGUUGUCCACCAACAAAGACAUGUUGCUCAAAUCCACGCAGCCUUUCGUGGAGAGAAUCCGGAAGAAAAUCUCACAGAUCUCACGAGUUGCGGAAAUGAUCCAUGUGACCGCAGAGAGCCUUUUGUUCAAUGACAGUUUCAUCUCACAUCUGGAGAAGCAGGGCUUUGACGCCGUGCUGACGGACCCCAUGGUGCCAAUAGGCUCCCUGAUAGCUCGGAAAUUAGGUAUUCCCACUGUUAACCUGCUGAGGGCAAUUCCGUGUUUCCUGGAUAUGCAGUCUGCAGGGUGCCCGUCCCCGCCCUCGUAUGUGCCUCGCUUCUUCACCGGAUUCACGGAUAAAAUGGACUUCAAACAAAGAGUCAUCAACACGCUGGUGAGUGCGCUGGAGCCACUCCUGUGCCGCGUUCUGUACUGGCGCUUUGACCAGAUAGCCUCUCAGUUCCUGAGAGAAGACGUGGGCGUGGCCGAGGUGUUGUCGGAAUCUGCAAUCUGGCUGCACAGGAUCGACUUCACACUGGAGUUCCCGCGCCCGCUCAUGCCCAACAUGGUGCCGGUGGGGGGCAUCAACUGCAACGUGAGAAAACCUUUGCCCGAGGAUCUGGAGCCCUGGGUGUCAGGAGAGCACGGCUUUGUGGUGUUCACGCUGGGCACCGCCGUGCCAGAAAUGCCGGAAGAGAUCACCAACGUCUUCCUUGAAGCAUUCAGGCAGAUUCCACAGAAGGUCAUAUGGAGAUAUACUGGAUCUGUUUCUGGCAAUAUACCAGAAAAUGUCAAGAUGAUGAACUGGGUGCCCCAGAACGACUUAUUAGCCCAUCAUGGAAUUCGGGCUUUCAUCACUCAUGCCGGCUCACACGGUCUCUUUGAGGGACUUUGUCACGCCGUUCCCAUGGUGAUGGUACCAAUCGCCGGAGACCAGCCUGACAACGCCGAAAGGUUGGCGAGUAAAGGAGCGGGGGUUGUGUUGGAUAUCACCGCCAUGACUUCAGAAGAUCUGUUGCAGGCGCUGAAUGAGGUCAUCAACAACACCGGGUACAAGGACACCAUGAGGCGGCUAUCUGCGCUGCAUAAAGAUCGUCCUGUUGAUCCGUUGGACCUUUCGGUGUACUGGACAGAAUAUGUGAUGCGGCAUAAAGGGGCUGAACAUCUUCAGGCUGCUGUUAAAGACCUCAACUGGUUCCAGUACUUCUGUCUGGACGUUAUAGCGCUACUGGCUGCGAUGCUGCUGUUUUUUAUCAUAUUGACAGUGAAAUGCUUGAAGCUUUGCUGUCGGAAAGUGAGCAGAAAGAGGAAGCGAGACUAAAGCGCCGUGUAGCGACUACGAUAUGACGAGAUAUAAUCGGUAAAGCUGUGUGAUGAUGAAAAGGGAAUUUAAUAACAUAUUAAGAAUCAAAGGAGGUUUUAUCUGGAGAUUAGUGGUGGCCGCCCUUCUUGGGUGGGAACAGGGCGUACUCCACAGCAAGAGCGACGGUAAAGGCGGCAAAUCCCCACUUGAAUCCUUUCAGCAACACGUCGGACAGAGUCACGGCACGGGCAAAGCCACCAGAGUACCUCCACGCCUCAUUGCUAUGGAAUUAAGGAAGGGAAAGAAACAGGAUGAUUUAAGGAAGUAAUCACAGCGCAAACAUGUUUAAACGCUCACCGUGCCCAUGGGUCCUUAAUGCCCCUGGCUGCCAACCUCUGCUGCGUGAACUCCAAUGGCGUGCCUUGCACCUUCCACUGUCGCCAGUCCGGCAUGGACAUCUUGCUGUGACCGUGGUCACCUCCCAUACUGACACAAUAAUUGGAUUUAAUGUACAACAAUUAUUGAAAUGUUAUAUUAUAUGCAAUAUUUUGACUGUAACAGCCCAAGUCAUGCUCUCAGGAAUUAAACAUAUGCAUUUUAAGUAA